GUCUUCAUAGUCGCCUAAAGUUAGUUCCAAUUAACCGACUUGUGUCUUGGUCCAAGUAUUUACCACCAAUAGCAGCAGGGAUAUAAGACACGCUAGGAUCUAAAAGUCUACAUAGAACCUGCGUAGCCCUCCUGGCAUCUAACUAGACCCUCGGCCCCGCACACACACACCAUCGCGCAACCUCCGCCAACCUUAUCGGCACGUUCUACCGUCUAUCUAUUACCUUCCGCUUUCAGUUGCAACCUAUCUGCACGCCCAGCCGUGGAAUGCUUCGGUGCUUGUCCCAGAAGAAGAAACUGUCGUGUCUUGGUCAAGCGUGGUUUGCGUAAGCUAUAGGGACGGGUUAAUGUUCUUCGGUGCAUUGUGCCUUGCGAGGAAGGAGGAUCGUCAGGUACCGAGCGCGGGAGAGGAGUUGAGAUAAAGUGUAUAUAUAGAGUAGAUGGAUAUGUGAUCGUCCAUUCCAUUCCAUCUCAUAGUCGAUCCCCUUGAUUCCGAUCAACUCUUCAGACACCACUUGAUUCCUUGCUCAUAAUUCUCAAUAACCUAAUCGGAAUCAUGAAAUUCUUCGUCGGCAGCUUUGCCUUCCUGCCCCUCGCGGCUCUUCUCACGUCCGUCGCUGCCGCCCCCAUUAUCGAGGAGCGUGCCGAACUAGCUGCGACGACAUGUGGUUCCACGUCCUAUAGCGCGACGCAAGUAAACCAGGCCGCGCAAAAGGCAUGCAGCUACUAUAGCUCAGGGAGUGCACCUGGUGGCUACCCGCACACAUACAACAACUACGAGGGCUUCUCGUUCUCAGUUUCCGGGCCGUACCUCGAGUUCCCGAUCCUAUCCAGCGGUAGUGUGUAUACUGGCGGCUCCCCUGGACCGGAUCGGGUUGUCAUUAAUACAUCCUGCAAGCUAGCAGGUGAAAUUACUCACACUGGAGCUAGCGGCAACAACUUCGUCGGUUGCUCGGGAACAUCUUAAACUAAUAUACGUACAAGUUAGUCGAGUGCGAUGGCUAUGAGUAUCAAUGGUUCCCUGGGCCUCAACUGGUCUAAAAAUGAUAUAUACGCUGGCUGUAAAUACACAAUAAAUGCAAGGUGUAUAUAUAAAUAAGCUACUGCUUUUGUAUGUGACCUUCAAGAUUCCAACCCUAGGUUUCAAUGAUAUAUACCUUCACUCGUUAUAUAAUGCGAAUUGACUUAGGAAAGUGGUUACUCGGGCGUUUAAAGACCGUAAUAGAAUCUAUAGAUUGGAUGAACCUGCCAACGGAACGGGCUGAUUAUCAAUUGAGGCUGUUGGGAGUGCUUCACCUGUCUCGGCCGGCUCGAUGCUUUGCGUCAAGGUCUCCUGGCUGGGCACUUGUUCGGGCUCGUCUGGCUGCGCACUAUAAUAGACUGAAAAGUAGCUUUGACCGCCGCCUGUUCUAGAGUUAGCUUAAUUAUAUAUUUCGUGGAUGGUCCCUAGUGCUCAUACACAUUUCCUGCGCAUAUCCCGA